AUGGAACCCCCGGUCAAGCGGCGGCGCCUGGGCGAGCAUCCUCAAUUGUGGGAUGACGACGCGGAUGGAGAUGAUGAGGAAUGGGAGGAGUAUGAUGAAGACGAUGACAACGAUAAUGGAGAGUCAGCUCCAGAGCAAUGCGAAGGUUCCGUCGAGCAGGAUGACGGCUACCAGCUUGCUAUUGAAAAAGCUUAUGCCGACAAUCGAUUUCGAGCUACCAUGGCCCAUAUUUUCAGAAAAUACGGUCGCGACUUUGAAGGGAUUGGCGAUGAGAUUGAUCUGUCCACCGGAGAAAUAGUUGUUAAUAACGGGCACAUUGAAAACAUGCGCAAUGAGGUCGAUGUGGGAGACGUUCCUAGAAGCCACAACGGAGACACUGACGACGACGAUCCUCACGAGGAGGAGGAGGAAGAAGAAGAUGAAUAUGACAAUGACGACGAUGGAGUUUUACUAGAGGAUCUCCCCGACGAUGAGAGUGGCCAAUAUUACUCCCGUAAACAAGGAGCUAGUGACGCCUUGGAGGAGGACGACGCGAGCCAAAGUUGGACGAGCGAUGCUGACGAUGCCGAACCCACACCAGGCAAUAUGCAGCUCCAGAGGCUGCAGCAAUCAUUCAGCCCGGAUCAUGUCGACGCAAUACCUGGAUGCGACCCAAAAAAAAAGGGGGGCCCAGGCCUGAUGUCGGGACUUUAUGGCGGCGGAGGUUUGCGGUAUGCCUCAGCUUUGGGCGAGUUCGGGGCAUCACCUCUUGCUCUGGGGCCGUGGGACAUAUUACCUCAAACGCAGGAACGAUAUGAAUUUCCCACACAGGACGGUUCCAGUUCGAUUUGGGCUCCUGAUUACCGCUUUAAUGACAACGAACCUGACCAGCGUCCCUCUGUUAGAGCACGAUCAGGCCCGUCAAAGAUGAGGCUGAAAGCUAAAAAGCCCAAGGCUCUCCCUCCCCCGUGGGUUGGAAAUCGGGGAGUAGCACCUGGAGGAUCACAUAAACGACCAGGAGGUGUGCCUAAACAACACUACGAUACGUCUUCGAACAGGAAGCAAAUGAUGCCUUUAGGGGACCUGUCUUGGGUCGAGACCAUGGAGGAGAGUGAUACAAUUGAUGACGCUGUGUUCUCAGCAGGAGAAGUACCUGUGUCUUCAGACACAGGAGAUACAACCGACGAAGUGCCACAGCCGAAGCCGACUCCUCCGUCAGAGCCAACACCGAGAAUCAUACCUGAUUCCCAGGAUUCGUAUGCUUCUCUCGGCAAUCAACCCACACAAUCCAGUGCCAAAUCAAAACUCCCACAGCCUCAUAGGCCUAAGCAUCGAGAUUUCAGCUCCGCCUGUGUACUCUCCGAUGAUGAAUCACCCUUGUAUUCAUCACUGUUGGGAUCAAGUAGUACCACUGAUCCCACGGAAUCCGCCAGGGCACUUCCAAAUGCGACUGCUGCCCCAGCAUCUGAUGUUAAUGCUGACGGCACAGUGGUUAAACGGGGUCGAGGAAGACCUAGGAAAUACCCUCCUGGGUAUCGGCCUCCUCGAACCUAUCGAAGGAAACCCAAGCCCUCCUUACUAGAACUACCUGGCUUGGCAAGACCUCUUACUGUGCCGACAAUGUCGAAUAUGUCCUUCAUGCCCACGAUGACAACUGCACCAAUGAUACAGCCAAAUAUACAGCCAAAAACACAACAAAUUCGAACGGAAACAGCUCCAGGUGUGAAAAGAAAGAGAGGCCGGCCUAGAAAAUACCCUCUUCCUGGGGCCAUGCCUCAGCAGACUCCGAAGAGUCCCGCCGAGAAGCAGUCUCAGCAAUCUCAACAACCGGCCGGCCAGGUGCCUUUACUUCACACCUUUCAACCCGGAUUUCAGCAGCAAGGGUUUCAAUAUCCAUUCAACCCCCUGUUCCACCAACCUCUGUUUCAGUUUCCUCAGCAAACAGCUUACCAGCCUUGGCACCCUUUGCAGCAGUCAUAUAUUCCACAUCCUAUGUUCCAAUUUCAGCAGCAAAUCGCCCAGCAGCCGAUACCACAGCUCUGGCAACAACCUAAUGUACCAUACCGCUCAGUCCAACCACAGUCAUCAUCUCAGCCGGUAAAGAAAAAACGAGGACGACCGAGAAAAUACCCUGUCAAGUUUGACUCAGUGUACCCUGGCUAUGUAAUGAACCGGAAGAGAAGUGCCUCUAAGAAAAUGUAUGAGGGAUUGCCAUCGCACCAACAGCUACCCGGUCUGCAAAAUAGCAUGACUGCUCUUCUAUGUGGACAGUCAGGCCGUAUGAUGAUAUCCGAGGACGCAUGGUAUGGUGUUGCUCGGCAGUUGGCACAAGACAUCGCCUGUCUUCAAGGUGGAUCUCUAUUCAGCAGCCAGUUUCAAGCUGAGCCCUCAGCCUCUAGCAAGAAAGCUUCUCAGUCAUCGUCAAAAAAGACAGGGCGGCCUGACCCUGACUUCUCUGCAUCCCCGGAAGCAGACGACGAACCUGUUCGCAUCACGGAAUUGUCAGAAGUUAGCGACAUGGAGGUUACAUCAACAGCACAGCUCAGCUGUCACGUCGAGCAUGGCGUCCCUGUCCAGGAUGAACGGGCAGUGACUGACCAAGAAUUUGUCGAUUUCCCUUCUGACGGGAACGUGUUUGAUCCAGCAUUAGGAGAGCGCCCCCCGGCUGAACUCGAUAUGUUUGACAAUGCAUCACUUGAGCCCCCCCCAUUUGGCUCCGAUAUGAUUGAUCCAGCUUUAAUAGACCCUGCUUUAACUGAGGAAGCACCUGUGGAUUUUUCUACAGCAGAGUCAGGCACGACUGAGCGGACUUCGAUGGAGCCAGACACAUUUGAUCCAGCUUGUAUAGAUCCGGCUUUGUUGGUAGAAGAUUCAGAUUCACCCAUGGAGGACGAUGAUGGAGGAUUCGUUAUAAUGCAGUCGCCACCCCGGAGCGUGACAGGGGGUGCCCAACCGAGCCCUUCACCACCGAGUCCACCACCCAGCAUCAAGAAGUCAUCACCGUUGAAAGGAACAGACCGUUGUACCCCAUCUCCAGCGCCAGAACACAAUGUCAAUAGUCACACUCCAACCUCUCUCGAGUCUGCCAAAGCUAGCGCCCCUGUAUGGCACGAGACAGAAAACUUUGAUCUCCCAUCGUCUCCAGAGCCUUUCAACCCUCGAAUUACAAUACGAGAUGCAUCAGAGAAAAAACCCAUUUUGGAACCAGGAGAGGCUGUUGAUCAUCCCCCUUCUAUUGCCACACAAGGCGGUUCCGACCUUGAUGACUCCCAUGAGAACAGUGGUCAGGCCUGCGCAGCGGCAACGACAACACCAACGACAACACCAACGGCAACAGAAUACCCGGCAGAUUUACCUCUCAUAGAAGCAGUCGACGCGCCAGUGAAACUGGUUGUUAGAGAACAAGAGUUGUUAGCGAGUAAUGGGGAGCCUCUCGAUUCGGCAGCUACAUCCGGGGAAGUUGUACCCAAAGUAGUGGACUCUUGCCAGCGGCCGGAUGAUGAGUCCGAAAAGCCUGAAGAACCUGUUCUCCAGCCACCACAGCGAAUGGAAAGACGCGAAGAUGGCCCGGUUCAGCCUCUAGCACACACGAAUCCAUCAUCAAAGGAAAUCACUACACCUCGGACGCCAGAGCCACCUACGGCGGUUGAAAUUACAAAUCAAACUCCGGGGAAAUUUUCUGAGGGGCGCUCUCCUAAGGUACCUAGAUCUUCAAAGAGAUGCACCCCUAUUUUCCUGGAGUCUCCCAUAUUUGUAAAGUCACCUACUCGCAGCCCUACAAACACUCCAAGGCCUCCAAAGAGACAACACACAAUAGAAAGGCGGACGAUGGGAGAGCUCAAGAAAGCCAUAUUGCAACCACGACAAAGGGCGCCGCCUCCGAAACAAGCAAUGCAGAAGCCAAAGCCAAAACCGAUCGAGGCGGAAAUUCGUCGAUCAUCUAUAACUGCCAAGUCGAGGACGAAAUUGCCGGAUGUUUCUGUGGACAAUCCUUCAAAAAUAUCCAGGAUAGACCGAUUGCCUGUGUCGAAGCCAACCAUGUCGAAGUCAAGUGUGUCGAAUCCAGCCGAGUCCAAAAUAAUGUCUCGGGCCAAGGCCUCAACUACUAUUAAAAAGCCAAACUCGAGACGUUCACUUCUGUCGUUGGUUUCAGGUGACGGCAACAACCAAGACAUAGACGACGAGGUUGACGAGCUGGGUAAUUUGGUGAAGUCUAAAUCAUCAUCUUCGACCAAGUCGAACUCAAUUCUCCCGACGAACGUCUCCCAAGACAAAAAGUUGAAAUCGGCCGCAGAGGCCAGGCAAACACGACAGAAACCUUUGGGAGAGAAGCCUCAGAAAGACAAGCAGCCUCCAGAGGAGAAACUCCCCAAAGAUAAGGGUAGGGGAAAAGAAAAGGAGAACGGGAAAAAGAAGAAACGACGCAACGGGGAUGGAUGGUGCUCAAAGUCUGGAUCAACUUCUGGUGGUGGCAAGGAGUGUGGCGUUGAUGGGUAUUCCUGUAACAGGGAUUUUUGUUUUACUUGUCUUUAG